AAGCGCAGAGAGCGGCUAAGCGCAGAGCGGCGGGCGCGGACCAGACAUGCCUCUGGCAAAGGAUCUAUUGCACCCCUCCCUGGAGGACGAGAAGAGAAAGCACAAGAAGAAACGGCUUGUGCAGAGCCCAAACUCCUACUUCAUGGAUGUAAAAUGUCCAGGAUGCUACAAGAUCACUACAGUGUUCAGUCAUGCUCAAACAGUAGUUCUGUGUGUAGGGUGCUCAACUAUCCUGUGUCAGCCUACUGGGGGGAAAGCCAGGCUCACAGAAGGCUGUUCAUUUAGAAGAAAGCAACACUGAACACUUCAGCAUGUGGUUUUGGAUCUGUAUUCCUGAAAGCCUUAGCAGUUUAAAAAUGCCUCUUCACACAACAAUGUAAUUAACAACUGAUUUUGUAAAAAUUACAUGCUACUGGUGACUAAUAAGCUGGAAUCUCUUCUUCAAUAAAAGAUUUGAAGUGCAAGUUUUUCCCGCAAUUUUGUGGCCAGCUUUCAAACACUGUAUUGUUAAUAGACUGGUGUUAUUUAAUAGAAAAACCUUGGGACUCUCUAUUUCCCCUCAUUAAUCAUCAGCUACAGUGGUAAAAUGCAUAGGGUGACAGAAACUGCUCUAAGAAUGCAUUUUCUAUGCUUUGUUACUGUAGCUACCCUAACUUCAAGGGUUGCAAAAGCUAGAUGGAUUUUCAAUGGCUGAUUUUCUUUCAGCAUUGCUUUAGU